GUGGGUGCAUUGUGGGCUUGGGAGGUGGUCGCGCUGCGGUGGUGUGCGAGUUCUGCUGGUUUUUGUGCUGCAGAAAACUCCAAUCAAUCUCAUGUGCAUUGUGAAGCAUGUGAUCUGAAAUCAUUGCUGGAGUAGAGAGCUCUUGGGGCAUUGGAGGCAAUCGGUUGUACAAAUGUACUGGAUCUCAUGACAAGAGAAAAAGGUUACAUGAAUUCUAACGUCGAAGAGAGUAGCCAGGUUGCCAAGCUUCAAUAGGAAUAAGAGUACCAGCAGUAGAUUGAUUGGGUGUCUAAGGGCAUGAGCAACAAUUUCAUUUUUCUAGAGACAUUGUGGCUCCUACCUUGGCGGGAAGAAGCCAAAAGCCUGGGUCACCAGUCCACUUGUGGAAAUGGGUGAAUGGAUUACCGGAGCUGCGAUCAAUGUGGUGGGCAGCAUAAGCAUUAAUUUUGGGACGAAUUUGCUCAAGCUUGGACACAAUCAGAGGGAACGGCAAGCACUUGUACUGGACACAGAUGAUCCUGAAGACAAGAUUUUGCCUAGGAAGCCUGUAACACAAUAUCAAUCAUGGCGUAUAGGUGUGAUUGUUUUCUCUCUUGGGAACAUUUUGAACUUUAUAUCCUUCGGCUAUGCUGCCCAGUCAUUAUUGGCAGCUUUGGGCUCAGUACAAUUUGUUUCCAAUGUCUUCUUCGCCUACCUGAUGCUGAAUGAGAUUGUAACUAGGCGAAUUAUUUUGGCAACGGUAUUCAUCAUGGUUGGGAAUGGCUUCCUUGUUGCGUUUGGGAAUCAUCAGUCCGUGAUUUACACACAUGGGCAGCUUUUGGCAAGUUACAAGGGGCAUAUUUACCUUACGUAUUUGUUCAUUCUUCUGUGUAUUGUCGCUGCGCAUCACUCCAUAUACAGACGGGGAAGGCAACUUGCUGCAUCGCGGGGAGAGGAUCCUGUUGGUGUAUGGCGGAUGUUGCUGCCAUACACAUAUGCUGUUGUCUCGGGUGCUGUUGGUUCACACUCUGUUUUGUUUGCGAAGUCUCUGUCGGUUCUGCUUCGAUCGACGUUAGAAGGUGAUAAUCAACUGGAUGGUUGGUUCACGUACAUUGUUUUUUUCUUAUUUGUGGGAACAGCCUCAUUUUGGAUGGCCAGGCUCAAUGAUGGAUUGGCUAUGUUCGAUGCCAUUCUAAUUGUACCCAUGCUUCAAAUUGUUUGGACUUUCUUCUCAAUAUUUACGGGUUUCAUCUAUUUUGAAGAAUACCGGGUGUUUGACCAUUUCCGAGCUACAAUGUUUGGAAUUGGUGUUUUGGCUCUCUUUGUCGGCAUGUCGCUCCUUGCUCCUCAGGCUCCCCAGCUUGGCUCUAAAGGUUCUAGUACGAAAACGGAGAGCGACAGUGAGACUGAAUUUUCGCCAUUGAUUUCCGAUGCUCCUUCAGAUUACCGAGAGCCUAAGAGAACUUUGGCGCAACAUGUGUACACAGACGCAGCUGCAGUUGUAGGUCGAGCCAAGUCUGCUGCUAGGAUGACGCUGGGACUUGGCCAGGACCGUAUUCAUGCGUCAUCCGUAUUUUCGAUGCCCAUGAUAGCCUCUGCACGCACUCCAUGGAGGACACCAACUUUAAAUUCUGAGUGGCUAAUCAAGCUCACUGAUCCUCGAGAUGUUGAGAACGCCAAGGGGAUCAACAUCCGACUUGACAGCUUGUAACAUAUUCUUGAAACUCUGCGAGGAUACUUUUGUUCUAUUCACUUGAUUCUAUCGCUUGUCAUGAGGAAAUGUUUUUCAACACUUCUUCGUACAUUCUGCGCUCCUCACACCAUUUCAGUUUAGUCAGUAUUUAGAGAUACUUGUUUAGUAUAUGAUACGGAACCGAUUAGGUCUGCACUGACCUGGUCCUUUUCUAUUAUCCUUGUUCAACUUGCAUUGUUACAUUCUGAGCAAGUUAGAUUGUAGUCAAUUGAGACUAGUCAAUUAGAUAUGAAUUCUAGGUGUAAGCGCUUUCUUGGACACAAGGGGGAGAUUUCCUUGGCUUGAAAACCAUUCACACUUACGACGCAAAGUUGUGAUACAAUGUAUCGCUCUUCUGAACUUGCCUUGCUUUCAAUGAACAAUUCGUACAAGCAUAUCAAAGAAAAUGAUAGCAAAACUUCUCAGAUCCAGGUAGUUUUUGUUUGAAGCGUAUGUCUGUCUGCUGGAUUGGUAAUGUGGCCUUCUGUCGUUUGAUCAACGGACUCGUUUGGACUGAAAUUAGUUAUCUUUCUGGGAAUGUUUUUUCUUGAUUCUCUAUUUAAUUGCAUAUUUUGUUUAGUCACAUUAACAUCAAUGAAAAGUCAUGGUGAUUGUAAACUAUGAGUAACGAUUAGGAGGGCUGCUGUAAGUUUCUAUUUACAAGUGUGGGAGAUUUCUAUUGCAGAUAGUUGGUGCAGGUGGUGGAUAGAAGGAAAAAUGCUCAUACAAGAGAAGAAUCUGAAUUAUUUGAGGCAAGUGACAUCUGCACAACAGGCUUCACUCAUGGAAUGGGUGGAGCACAACAUGAUCCUUAUAUAUUUGAGAACUUUUCCUUCUCUUGAAUUGAGUAACAAGUUUUCAUCUUGCAAGUAACUCCAAAGGUAAAUUCGGUUUUCAUUUACAAUUUGCAGAUAGUACUAGUUUUCUACACACCUGGCUCAGUUAAAUGUUAGAAGAAUAGUAGGAAUGAUUUGUAGCCCUGAUGAUAGAAGGAUGGAUCAUUUCAAUUUCAUAAUGAUAUUAUUAAAUAAAGCAAUCUACAAUAUGUGC